CACAAGGCGAGGCGCAGUGUGCUGCUGCUGCCCAGCUCAGAGACUGUCGGCGGAUACUUCAGCAGCUCCAGUUCGCUCAGCUGCUAUCAACUUCUUACCACAUACCAGGAAAACAACGCAGUGUCGCCUGCAAGGACAAUCACCCACACGGAGAGACUGAGACGGAGGAAAUGGCCACAACAACAGUGGCUGAAGCUGAGCCCACAUCUCCCGAUGCAGCUAACCCUUUCUCAGGUUUUCAUGAUCCAGUUUGGACUGACUCUCAGUUUCGCAAAUACCCUUUCCAAACUAGACAAAUCCCACGUCUUUCUCAUACGGACCCCCGUGCAGAGAUCCUAAUCAAUAAUGAGGAACCUGUCGUGUUAACCGAUACCAACUUGGUUUAUCCAGCACUCAAAUGGGACAUCAGUUACUUGCAAGAGAACAUUGGCAAUGGGGACUUUUCUGUGUACAUUUCUGAAAACCACAGAUUCUUAUAUUAUGAUGAGAAGAAAAUGUCAAACUUUGAGAACUUUGUGCCAAAGUCACGCAGAAUAGAGAUGAAGUUUUCCGAGUUCAUAGAAAAGAUGCACCAAUCAGAGGCGCUGGAUGGAACACAGAGAGUAUACUUGCAGCAGACCUUAAAUGACACGGUUGGGCGAAAAAUUGUCGUGGAUUUUCUGGGAUUCAACUGGAACUGGAUCAAUAAACAGCAAACCCAGCAAAACUGGGGGCAGCUAACCUCAAACCUGCUCCUCAUAGGCAUGGAAGGCAAUGUGACGCCAGCACAUUAUGACGAGCAGCAGAAUUUCUUUGCACAAAUCAAAGGUUACAAGAGAUGCAUCCUUUUCCCACCAGACCAGUUUGAAUGUCUCUACCCUUACCCUGUUCAUCACCCAUGUGACAGGCAGAGCCAGGUUGAUUUUGAAAACCCUGAUUAUGAAAAGUUUCCCAAAUUUAAAAAUGCCUUUGGAUAUGAGGCUGUUGUUGGACCAGGCGAUGUGCUGUACAUUCCUAUGUACUGGUGGCAUCACAUUGAGUCCCUGUUAAAUGGAGGAGUAACUAUCACCGUCAACUUCUGGUACAAGGGUGCACCCACUCCAAAGAGGAUAGAAUACCCACUGAAGGCCCAUCAGAGGGUGGCCAUUAUGAGGAACAUUGAGAAGAUGUUAGGAGAGGCCUUGGGGGACCCACAUGAGGUUGGUCCAUUGCUGAACAUGAUGAUCAAGGGGAGAUACGAGAAAGAUCCGAGUUAAUCAGCAGUUUACCUCCAGUGUGCUUUUGUAUAGUAGCGAAUAGGGACGUGGAUGGAUGCUUGUCUGUACAUUCAUAUUGUUCGGUUAUCUGCAUGGCAGUAGUUUGGCUGCAUACAUUUCAGUCUGCUUUGAAUAUCUCGAGCUGUUAUGUCUAAAAAAAAGAAAAGAAAAAAGUUUUAAUUCUUUUUGUGCACAUUAAGUCAUGUGCUUGUUUGACCUGUGCAUUUGUUUGAAUGUAAGCUUAUUUUACCCGUGGUACACUUUUCAGGACUUAAUUGCAAGCUAUGGCAAACAUUUCAUUUACUGUAUCGAAAAGACUGUCAAGUCUUUGUGUGUGAAUUCAAUAAAAAAUGUGUUCUAUGGUAA